GUUACGUUAUUUACGUUGAACGAGGCGAAGCGGGAGUAUAUCUACCUGUCUACAAGUCAAUAGGAUUUCUGUGUUUUUAGCUGUAUUUAAAGGUGAUUAUAUAUAAGUUAACCUGGUAUGGCCGACAGUUUGUGUAUACCUAAUUUACUAGAUGAACAAAUAGUGCCGGACACCGAUGACAUAUUCCUACCACCACUGGAAUUUAAUAAUCCGACACCUAAUGGAAAUGUUUUAGCCGAAUUAGAUAAAUACCUAAAUGAACCAUUAACAACCGGUUUAAAAAAGGCACCAAGAGGCAGUACUUCAAUUAUAGAGGAAUUUUUUGGAGAAUCGAAGAUAUAUUCUAACAAAAAAGAUAUUAGAGAAGUCGAGAUGCAAUUAAAAGCUGCUUUAGAUUCCAAUCCACGUCUGACACAAAAAGAGCGCGAACUUUGUUUUGAGGAGGCUCGACGCCAAAGUUCGUCAUUUGUAGAAGACUUUUUCCAAGUUGGAAAUCCAAUGAAAGUUCACAGUUCAUGGAUUAAGAGAGAACCAGUAAGUGAAGUCGAUGUAUUUGAUUUAGAUUCUACUGUCUAUGAAUCCGUUAUUCCUGAUAGUGAUGAGCAAUUACAGGCUCAAAGUAUGAAGGUAUCUGAUUCGAUAUGGGAAGAUCUACGUGCCAGUAUCAAUAUGGUAGAUCAAAAUCAAAACGAAUAUAAUUGCCAGAAAUCUAAAGACAAUGCAACUGUUAAAGCUGAACCCAUGGACACUAAUGAUAAACCAUCCUGUCAGUUUCACGUGAAAUCAGAACCUUAUAAUACCAUGUUUUAUGAUGAAUCCCCAAGGACUUCCAGUUCUUCUAUACAUGUUCCCCAGCAAGUUAUUAUUAGCCAAUCAGGAAUAACCACUGUUAACGAUACUAUGAUGGAUGGACUUCAAUAUAUGCCCCAAUAUUCCAAAAACAGUGGAUAUUCAUCUGGUGCUCAUGUUGUUCCAGUACUUCUACCACCAACGCCCCCAACAUCUCAACCCCCCAGCCCUAGUCAAGAAUAUGUGAGAAGAACCCCACCUCCACCCUAUCCUGGUAUAGCUAAUGCUAUGUUAGGUUGUGCUUCACCAUUAUCAGUACCCUUCACAGCUCGAUCCCAUCAGUCACCUAAAAAACACCCUCAGACUCACCCAGGAUGUUCUACUAUCAGAUAUAACAGAAAAAACAACCCAGAAUUAGAAAAAAGAAGAAUACAUUUCUGUGAAUUUCCAGGUUGUAGAAAAGCUUAUACGAAAAGUUCUCAUUUAAAGGCGCAUCAAAGAAUACAUACAGGAGAGAAGCCAUACAAAUGCCAUUUCCAUUCGUGUCAGUGGCGUUUUGCCCGUUCUGAUGAACUCACUCGGCACAUACGAAAGCAUACCGGAGCUAAGCCAUUCAAGUGUAAAGUCUGUGAACGUUCUUUUGCCCGGUCAGAUCAUCUAGCUCUCCAUAUGAAACGUCAUGAGCCCAAGAAAUAGUGAUUUAAUCCCAAUCUAUGAACUAGCAAUACUAGUGCUUAACAGAUGAGCUGGCAGCAUCAUGCAUACAGCGCCACCAAGUCAUGUGACUGUUGUUCCAGAUAGUUGUGAAAACGAGGGAAAUAUGCAAGUGUGGUUCAUUAACAUUAAUGUGAAAACUAACAUUGCAUAAACUUAUUUGUUUCCGGUUAUUGCCAGUUAUCACGUGAUUUAAGGUCACAUGAUAAGUUGACACAAUGAUCUCAAUUAGGAUUUUCAAAUUUUUAUAUCUUUUGUACGAGUCAAUCAUGAUAUUAUUUAUCAAUUAUUACAUUAUAAAUGUAACAAGAAGGAGCCUGCAGGUGAUAAGAAAUCGGACAUCCUCUGUUUUAAUUGUUAUAUGAAUAUGAACCUGUUUAAACCACGAUCUUUCAAUUUUUACAUGGUUGUGACAUGAAGGUGUGUUAUAUCAUUUAACCAAUUAAAACAUAUCAGAUAAAUUGAUUGACACCUAAGGCUACGAACUCCCUCCAUUUUAAUUAGCCCCACUGUAGAAUAUGAAUCUACAGACAACGAAAAUAUAGUGUAUGUUAUAUUGACUUCAGUAAUUCAGUGGUAUAGAUAAAUCUGUUAUAUUAAAUUAUCACAUUCAUUGUGCCAAAGGCAAGUAAUAUCUUAAAGCCACUACCGUUAGGACAUGUGCCAUAUGAUGACGUCACAUUAAUAUCAAUCAUUAUGCAUAUAGGUUAAAAUAUAUUAUUUAUCAGAAAUGUGAUACGUCAGUAGUAAUAAAAUACUGGCCAGAUUUUUGUUAUAAAAAACACGUUUUUGUUGUGUAAAUGGAUUUUAGAAUGUAUAAAGAUUACAUUAUAUUUAAAAUUGUUCACCUAAAGGGGUUUCUUAUUUUUGUACUUAACAUGUUGAAAAUGUGUAUGUUAUUAUUAACGCUAUUAAAAUAAAUGAAUAGUAUUAUUGUUAA